AUGAGCUGCCUGGAUGUGAUGUACCACCAAAGCUAUGGAGCACACCUCCUCCCAACAGAAGCCUACAAAUCUACUUACUACAACCACCACUACCAGCAACAGCAACAACAACAACAGAGGAGGCUGAAUGCUCACAGUAAGAUGCACAACUGUUCGGGCCAGCAACAAGGUGAAGGACGAGGAACAUUAUCCAGAGAUCAGAGUCUCCGUCUGGCUCCUGGAACCGAAUCUGGAUGUGUAUCAUUACAUAACUUGGAGGUCAAAGACGGAACUCAACCAGCAGGUGCGGAGUAUCUGAACUCCCGAUGUAUAUUGUUCACCUACUUCCAAGGGGACAUCAGUGAUGUGGUGGAUGAACACUUUUCUCGGGCCCUGAGUCAGUCGGCUGAAAUGAACAGGGAGACCAAGCCGAUACGGAUGACUCAGACGCCUGCCUCAAGCGCUUCCCAAUCAUGGAAAGAUGGCGAGUCACUCCCAGACGGUCAGAGUAGUCCAUCUUGGAGCAGUUCCUACCAAUCCCAUUCUGCUACCUGCCUCCCUCCUGUCUCUGUCUCAGUCCACCCCGAAUUCUCCCCAUGUCCGAUUUCCCUCAACCACUCUGAUGGAGGUCUUUGGGCUGGUCAUGUGCUCUCUCAAGCCAGCCUCCAACCAUUGGCUAGUCUCACAGACAGCUGGACCUACAGCCUGAACCCUCAGAGCACAAGUGGCUACCCCAAUGUUCAAGAUAUCUACCAUCCUCACCCCCAUGCUCAUGUCCAUACUCGACAUCCCCACCAACACCGACAUAGUGUGUUUCAUUCAUAUCCAAGCCACAGCUCACCGCUGGAAUCAAGGUUUAGUCCUCUUCUGUUGCCCGGUGUGAGGAACCAAAGCCAGUCAGCAACUAGCGCAGGGAGUUCCCCACACAGCGAGAGUGCAAAGACGGACAUGGACCCCAGCAGCAGUAGCCCAAUUAUGGCUUCAUCUGUUUCAUGGAACCCUUCACCACUUCAUGGAUCCCUUGAGUUGUAUGAUUCAGCUCAGGACCAGACCAAAGCAAAGUCAUCAGUUUGGUUCUAA